UCAAAGGUAGGGCAUUUCCCAUUUUAAUAGGAACUUCUGUACCAGAAACAAUGGUAUCUCCAAUUAUAGCCCCUCUGGGGUGUAAAAUAUAUCUUUUCUCACCAUCCCCAUAGUGUAUGAGACAGAUGUAUGCAUUUCGAUUAGGGUCGUAUUCUAUGGUUACGAUUCUACCAUAUAUGUCUUUUUCAUUCCGGCGAAAAUCGAUUUUACGGUAUAGACGCUUAUGACCUCCCCCUCUAUGCCCUGCGGUAAUGAUUCCUCUGGCAUUACGGCCUUUACCACAACGAUGCUGUCCAUAGAUCAAAUUAUUUCAUGGAUUGGAUUUGACUUGACUGUCUAUGGCUCCAUUACGUGUGCUCGGGGUAGAAGUUUUGUAUAAAUGUAUCGCCAUGCUAUUACGUAUUUUGAUUUAAGUUCAUUUCUUUCUAAGAGGUGGAAUAGAAUAACCCGGUUGAAGCGUAAUGAUCAUACGUCUGUAAUGCAUUGUAUGUCCCAUAAUAGGUCGCAUUCUUCUACCCUUUACCGGUAGUCGAUGACUAUUCAUAGCUAUUACCUUGACACCAAAGAAGAGUUCGACCCAAUGCUUUAUUUCUGUCCUAGUUGAUCCCGAUUCGACAUUAGAAGUAUAUUGAUUUUUCACCAAUAACCGAAUACCUUUGUUUGUAUAUACUGCAUUUUUGAUUCCAUUCAUAAAUAGAUUUUCUUCCCUAUGAGUUCUAGUCUCAAUACGAAUACUAGUUUUUACUGUUCAUAUGUUAUGAUUUGAAUAUAUCACACCAAUUCGUUAUGUAUGGAUGAUGAGAUUCUAUUGAUACAGAGCCAAUCGUUCUUUUUUCUCUGACAGAUGGUCAGAACUGCAUCUGGGUUCGAAUCCUACUGAGAGGUCUACUAGAGAUCAGAAAUUGCUGAAGAAAGAACAAGAUGUUUCUUUUGUUCUUUCUGGGCGAUCGGAAAGUAAAGAAAUGGUUAAUAUAUUCAAGAUAAUUAUGUAUUUACAAAAUACUGUUUCAAUUCAUCCUAUUUCAUCAGAUCCGGGAUGGGAUAUGGUUCCGAAGGAUGAACUGAACAGUUCCAAUAAGAUUUCAUUCUUGAACAAAAAUCCGAUAGACUUAUUUGAGGGAGGGUCCCAUUGGCGUGUAUCCAGUAGGAAUUGAACCUACGAAUUCGCCAAUUAUGAGUUGGGCACUUUAACCAUUCAGCCAUGGAUGCUUAGCGGGGAUCCUCGUACAUGGUGAAUAACCAAAUUCCAAUUGAAGUGAAAUCUUUCGGAUAAAUCAAUGCAAUUUAGGAGGAUUCGAUGAAAGGACAUCAAUUCAAAUCCUGGAUUUUCGAAUUGAGAGAGAUAUUGAGAGAGAUCAAGAAUUCUCGCUAUUUCUUAGAUUCAUGGACCCAAUUCAAUUCAGCGGGAUCUUUCAUUCACAUUUUUUUCCAUCAAGAGAGUUUUAUAAAACUCUUGGACUCACGAAUUUGGAGUAUCCUACUUUCACGCAAUUCACAGGGUUCAACAAGCAAUCGAUAUUUCACGAUCAAGGAUGUAGUACUCUUUGUAGUAGCGGUCCUUAUAUAUCGUAUUAACAAUCGAAAGAUGGUCGAAAGAAAAGAUCUCUAUUUGACAGGGCUUCUUCCUAUACCUAUGAAUUCCAUUGGACUCAGAAAUGAUACAUUGGAAGACUCAAAAGAUUCUGCCAAUAUCAAUAGGUUUAUUGUUCCGCUCCUGUAUCUUCCAAAAAGAAAAAAGAUCUCUGAGAGCUCUUUCCUAGAUCUGAAAGAGAGUACUCGGGUUCUCCCAAUAACUAAAAAGUGGAUCAUGCCUGAAUCUAACUGGGGUUCGCGGUGGUGGAGGAACUGGAUCGGAAAAAAGAGAGAUUCUAGUUGUAAGAUAUCUAAUGAAACCGUCGCUGGAAUUGAGAUCUCAUUCAAAGAGAAAGAUAUCAAAUAUCUGGAGUUUCUUUUUGUACAUUAUAUGGAUGAUCCGAUCCGCAAGGACCAUGAUUGGGAAUUUUUUUAUCGUCUUUCUCCGAGGAAGAGGCGAAACAUAAUCAACUUGAAUUCGGGACAGCUAUUCGAAAUCUUAGUGAAAGACUGGAUUUAUUAUCUCAUGUUUGCUUUUCGUGAAAAAAUACCAAUUGAAGUGGAGGUUUUCUUCAAACAACAAGGGGCUGGGUCAACUGCUCAAUCAAAUGAUAUUGAGCAUGUUUCCCAUCGCUUCUUGAGAAACAAGCGGGCUAUUUCUUUGCAAAAUUGUGCUCAAUUUCAUAUGUGGCAAUUCCGCCAAGAUCUCUUCGUUAGUGUAGUAUUAGUUUAG